AUGCCCAAUCAAAAAAUCUUGAAUGAAAAACUGGGGUCAGACUCGCAAAAUGAGCAAGUUACACAGGAACCAAGCAAGGACGCUUCUGAAUUGGUAAAUAAUACAUGUGUGAAAGAAAAGGAGUUCCUCCCAAGUACUAGUACAUCGGAUAUGUUUACUGUAAAGAAGUGUAAUGAACUUUUGCAUACAUGCUCUGAAAAUGAGCAAGAGACGGCCAUCAACAAAUAUUUAGGAGAAAAUUUUACGUACGAGAAUAAAGAAGAAAAGCAUGAAUCCAGAAGUGAAGAUAAACAGACUGAUAACAAAGCAUCAAGCAUACAAGUGGAACAAACGAAAAAUAUCUGUGAUACACUGUGUAUUGAUGAAGAUCUGAAUGGCGAGCCCAUACCCAAAUGUAAUGGAAAAGAUGAAUUAAAUUAUGAAAUAUUUUCAAAUAAUGCUACAGCAAUACAAGAAUCAACCAAUCUCCAUGGAGAAAAACAAGAGAGUCGUCCACUUCAUAUUGAUCUAGACAAAGAAACAAGUGAGUUAGAUAUUUCAAAGGACCAGAUGACCGAUGACACUGGUGUUCUUUUUAGUGAAUCAUUUAAAAUGGAGGAAAGUAGUCUUGUGGUGGACAGCGAUAGUUAUUACCAUGUUCAGUGUGCUACGAAUGAAGACAAUAAUAUUGGAGUCGAUAAUUUUGUACCAAUUCUAUUAAACAAUGUUGCUAAACAUUGUAAGAAUACUGAAAUAAAAAGUCCACCCAAACAAUCCACAACCGAUGAUCAAUCAACUAGAAAGGAAUCGAAAUUCCCGCGAAAUGGACGUCUAACACCGGGUCAAGAGUGCGCUCAGGUAGGCGUUAGCUCUAGAUCUGAAGGCUUCGAAGGCGAUCACAUGCGGAACCAUAUGAUUGAAACACUUCGCGUUGUUUUAAUUGGCCAGACAGGAGCCGGAAAAAGCGAAACAGGAAAUACAUUACUAGGUGCCAAAAGAUUUAAAUCGUCCCCAUCUUCAAAGUCUUGUACGGAAGUUUGUCAGAGGGAGACUAUAGUAAAGGGAGAUAUUGUCGUAGACGUUCUUGAUACCCCUGGCCUGUUUGACACACAUAAACCAAAAGAAGAACUGCAAAAAGAGUUUCUGAAAUGCAUGGUAAUGACAAAUCCUGGACCACAUGCCUUCCUCUUUAUUCUGAAAAUGAAUCGUAUCACAGAACAAGAGAAAAAGACGCUCGAGUAUCUAAAAGAUAUUUUCGGUGGAGAUCAUUUUUUAAAAUAUACAAUUGUUGUUAUUACCAGGAAAGACGACCUACUGCAAUAUGAUGGGGUCACUAAUACAGAAGAAGAGAUGAACGAACUUUUCAAAUCUAGUCUCAAGAAAUCCCCGGAUCUCUACCAAAUGAUUUCACAGUGCGGCGGUCGGUGCUUCUUGAUUUCUAAUAAAGGAAAGGUUGAUAAGCCAAAACGAGUAAAACAAGCAAAUGAACUUUUGAUGAUGAUAAAGGAAUUGGUAAUUACAAAUGGAAAGACAUUUUAUAGUUAUCAGUACUUCAUAGACCUCGAAGAAAAGAGAGAGCUAGUUCUGAAAAAAGAAGCUGAGAGACAAGAAGAAGAAAAACUAAUAGAAAAAGAGAGGAAAGAAAGGGAAGAACUGACAAAACUAAAAGAAAGAGAACUCGAACUUAAGCUAGAAAAGGUGGAAAAAGAACGAGAGAGAGAAAGGCAAAAUGCAGAAAGGGAGCAAUUACAACUAGAAGCCCGGCUGAGAGAAGAAAGAGCUGCAUCUAAAAGGCUGGAGGAGCAACAACGUCAACAAUAUUUACGACGGUUAGAGGAGGAGAGACAGGCUGCACUUCGUCGUCGAGCAAAACUUCGCUAUUCUAUCGAAACACAACGCCUGGAGCAAAAUCGUUCAAAUGGCUGGGGCUGUAUCGUAAUGUAA